AAGUGCUUCUAGCAGUACAGUUCGGUGAAGUAAGUGCUCUUCCUGUCCAUAGGAAAAAAAGUGGUCAUAAAUUAGGCAUUUUGUGCGGCUGAUUUCUCCAAGAUCUUCUUCCGGAAUAUUUUAAAUUGUUUGUGACGAAAACCUAACAACAACCAAGAACACCGCGUUAAAAAUGGCUGAGAAACCAAAGCGUCCUCUGUCCGCCUACAUGCUGUGGCUGAACUCUGCCAGAGAACAGAUCAAGAAGGAAAACCCUGGAAUCAAAGUGACAGAAAUCGCCAAGAAGGGCGGAGAGCUGUGGCGUGGAAUGAAGGACAAGAGCGAAUGGGAGUACAAAGCAGCCAAGAUGAAGGAUGAGUACAACAAACAGAUGCAAGAUUUCGAGCGAAACGGCGGCAGCAAGGAUGUCGGCGGCAAGAAAAAGAAAGGUGCAAAGAAAGUUGCCAAAAAGAGCAAAAAGAAGGAUUCGGAGGAUGAAGAUGACGAGUCGGGGGAUGAGAGCGACUGAACUAAUCACUAACCUUAAAAUAAUUAUUUUUAAUUUAUUGUGUAAAUGUUCGGGGCCUUACUUCAACAACAAAUCACAGCAUCUCUGUCCUCUUACACAAACAAAAACCCAACAAAACGCCGCUACUGCUUCAGAUCUCUCCUGAAGUGACCAUUCCUUAGUUUUCCCUCUUUUCUCUACCCUAUAUUGUCUUGUCUCUUCUACGUCUGUCCCAGUAUUCCCACCCAGAUUUGCGUUUCCAGUAUAAGUAAAGUAACCCGAAAAAGGCUUUCGAUAGUUGAUUAACCUUUUAAUUUUUUCCCCCAACUCUCUCUGCUACUACUAACACCACUACUACUACUGAUACUGUUUCUUUCGCCAUUGCCACCGCGUCACACACAACUUUACACAAAAUUGAAAACAAAAAAAAACAAACUAAACGUAAAAUGACAAUUGGAAAAUAGAGUUUUACCUAUUGAAAAACCUAGAAAAACCAGGCCAACGCAUUUUAUGGGAAAUCGAAUAACAGUUUUAUUCUGACGGGUUCCAAACAUCCAGCCAGCGGUUCUUCCGACAAGUAAAAAGACGUUUUGUGUAGUCGAGGGAGUGCCCUGCUUGUGGAAAAUAGCCAGAAACAUCUUUUCGGUAGUAUCGAAAAUGCUCUGUUUGGGAAAAGCAGGAGCCAGAGAGGUAUUGAUGUUGUUUUGGUUGGUGAUUCGCUAUUUUGGGGAAUAUUUUUUAUGAAACCUUUCCAAUCUACAGCAUAUUACUGCACAGCAGGAGGUGCGCAUCAAUCUUAGUCGAUCGACCGAGAGAACGCACUAUUGCGGUGCAUAUAUGUGUGUUUGUGUACGUCUUUCCUCUAAAAACUAUCCACAUGAAUUUUGUGUGUUGCUAAAUGUUGACCAAAAGUGUGCUAGAGAAAAAAAAUAGAGAAUGGGAAGAGAGAAGAAAAUAACUACCUACCGAAUUGUGUAUAUGAGGCGUGGUGUUAUCUUUUUGUCCACGAGCCCAUUCUGUAUUGAAAUGUUCGCGUACACGUGCACACAUAGUCUUAAUAGAUUUUGGAUAACAAUUUCUCGUUUGUGUUCAUUGUACACGUUUCCUGUUCUGCCUUAAUGCACAUCAAUGCUAAUCCGCCAUCGACGAAUGAAAUCAAGUGCAGGAUGCAUCGCUUCUGCGGCUUGCUUUUCUCUGGAUUAGCUUCUCAAUUCAUUAGCAUCCACCUGCUUCAUCAUGCAUUUUAAACCGAUUUAUUCCAUCACAAAACCGCCACAUAGUUAUUUUGAAUGAUAUAGCAUCAGAAAAGCGUGCGUUUCGACGCGAAAAAUUGUUCGUCAAGAAAAAGCUCUAGCUGAAGAAAAAGGGGAAAAUUUUUAUCAUACGAAAUGGUGUUGUUCCACAUUAGAGGAAUUAUAUUGCGAACGAGGUGACGAUUCGCCUAACUCCGUUCUUCUAAUGCUGUUAGGUGAAUGAUGAUCGUCGUAUUUUUAUUAGCACCGACCGACACGUUUAAUGAAUAAUGCACCCUCGAGCCGGUAAUAUAGUUUUCAGAUUAGUUCUCCAGUUCGUGGAAGCAAAUGUCCUUCGUUUUUCGUUGCUAGUUUAGUAUUCUACCCGCGUAAAAACACGGCACGAUGCAUUUCGACGAAGAACGAAACAAUAAGCAUACGUUUUUUUGGAAAUCAGUUAAUAUACAUCCAACGCAAAGUAGAGAAAAGCAGCCACUAACCGACAGUAAUCUAUAUUAUUAUGUUUGUUUUAUUUUACGAGCCUCUAGAACCUUUUUGCCAAUAUUAUUUUUGAAAACGAACAAAAAACGCCUCUCACCUACCAGCCCCAGGCAUCUCUCCUGACGAUUUCCUCAUUUUGUUUACUCUUUAGAUUUGUGGCACACACAACGAAUCCUUAAAAGCAUUUUUACCAUACUAAAUUUGAUUGCCAAUUGAUCUCCUUAAUUUUCGUGUUUUUUUGUUUCUUU